AUAUAACACCUUAUCUGUGACUUGCGAGAGUAGGGGAUUUCGGGACGACAGUCGACAUUUUGACUGGGUACGUGUUUAUGUUUUGUACUAUAUAACAAAAUCGAUUGUUCAUAACUGUUAAAAAGUUGAAGUAUAGGAAAAGAAAAAAAGGAUAGUAAACAAUUUAAAAGCCGAUUGAUACACACCUUGUUUGUUUUUGUGAUAUUAUGACUUUAUAUUUUAAAAGUCUAGAGACCCAAAGACUGUAAAAAUAAAAAAAAACCAUAAAUUAACGUCUAAUAAGAUGUCAUGAGUAUAACAUACAAAUGUGUACCCUUGAUGGAUCAAAAAAGAAAUACAGUCAUAAAUGUUAGGUUAUGUGAAAGAAAAAAGAAUAGCAGCAUUCGGAUUUCGAAGAAUCAGUUAGCCACUAUAAAUUACAAAUUAUAAUAUUCAAGAUGCAAUGUAAAAUUGACGAUUUACCAGAUGAAAUUUUGGAGUAUAUUUUGAGUUUGAUACCACCUUACAAAGAUCUUCAAGAAUGUAUGUAUGUCUCGAAAAGAUGGUGUCAAGCGACUAAAAAUGUGAUUGAGCAUAGCAGAGCUCAUUUCCAAAAGUCAGUUGCUUACGGUUCUUUGUUUUGGAACUCAUGGUCUGCUGGUACACAUUGGACACCUACAAUUGGCAAAAGACAUUCUCAUUCUGCUUGUACCUACGAUAACUCUAUGUAUGUAUUUGGUGGAUGCACAGCUGCUUGUACAACAUUCAAUGAUUUGUGGAAACUAGAUCUCGACACUCGAAAAUGGGUCAGGCCUAUUACGAUGGGUAGUUAUCCAUCACCAAAAGCGUGUGCUACAAUGUUAUAUUAUAAAAAAAGCUUCAUACUAUUUGGUGGCUGGUCGCACCCAUCUCCAUAUCCUUUGCAUCAGCAAUGGAAGCUUUUUAAUGAAUUGCAUGUAUAUUCAAUUGAAUCUAAUCGGUGGAUAGCAAUCAAUGGAUUAGAAACACCUCCUCCUACAUCUGCUCAUUCAGCCUCUAUUCAUGGAAACCUUAUGGUUGUAUUUGGAGGUGUAGCUAGUGGAUACAGUUCAAAUGAUGUUUGGUGUUUAAACUUGGAUUCAUACUGUUGGAAGAAACAGGCAACAUCUAGUUUAAAACCUCAGCCUCGUUAUGGUCAAUCACAAAUUCCUCUAGAUGAUAAACAUUUAUUAAUACUUGGUGGCUGUACUGGUCCAAAUGUUGCGAUGAAUGAUGCUUGGUUGUUGACAAUGGAAGAUCCUAUUUGGACAUGGAAAAAAGUAAACAUGCGUCAUACUGAAUCUGCACCAACGCGUAUUUGGUGUCAUCAAGCAUGCAAGGUUGGAAAUUAUAUAAUCGUUUUAAGCAAGAAGAAAAGACUUUCACAACCUAGUGGAAUGAGUAUAUCUGUAGGAAAACCAGCAAAUCCACCACAUACAUCAAAUAUACCGUUCCGAGAGAGACAACGAUCGUUAAGAGAGAUAGAUCGAGAUGAAAACGUGAACGGACGUCGAGGCUAUUUACAAAGGUCAAGGAAUGCACUAUCCAAUCCGAUAUCGCCAAAUGUACCUCUGCCAGUAUAUGAUAGUACAUUAAGUAUGGCAGCUUUUCGGGAUGAACCUGUUCGAACAAAUUCUUCGGCAAACCGUCAAAAACAAUUAGAAUCCCUUCGACGCAUGGAAGAAAGACUUCAAAAUCGCAAAGCGCAAUCUAAAGCUGCUAAAAAAACAGAAAAUACACUAGCCAUAUUUGUAUUGGAUAUAAGUAAUAUAUUAUGUGAUGAGUGCUCUGCAUCCUGGGUACCUCUUAAACAAAGUGAUCAAACAGGCCCAGAUGAAAGAAUACUUUAUUCCCUAGUUCUUGGAAGAGGAGAGUUAAUAGUAUUUGGAGGUAUCAGAAAAGAACAGGCGACAAUACAAGGUCAAACUGACAUUGAUGAUUCUCAAGUCUUCAAUGAUCUUCAUUUUAUAAAUCCGCCUAAAUAUGUUAUAUAAUGUUGUAUAUAUUAGAAAAGUAAAGUAUAUAAAUUGAUAUAAUUAACUUUAAUGAACUGAUAUUGAUAUAUGAAAUUGAUUUUUAUUUGGAUAAUUGAAAAAAACUUGAUUCACAACGCUAAUGUGUAAUAAAUCUGUAAUGAAUUCUUUUAUUAAGAACGAUUUAUUAGAAAAAAAAAAUGUAUGAAAUUAAUCAAAGUGUAAAAACACAUAAAAUACUUUUGUAUGCUAGAUAUUUUAAUGUACACUCUAUAUGUCAUUUUUGAUAAUUCCUUAAUUGUUUAAAAACCAUUGAAAUCAAUCGUAUGGUAAAUUAAUGUACAAGGAAUAAACAAGUUACUUAAUUUGUAUUGUAUUAAAAAUAAUUUUAAUUUA